AUGUCUACUCCCAAGUCGGAUACAUGCUCACCCCACCAAGCCCUUGCUCGAGGCAUGGGGUUCAAGAACCACCAUGAAAGGCUGUGGUGGGCUACUUUUGGGCCUCUCCUCGAGAAGCUUCUAGCGCUCUGCAACUACCCAGUGUCCCUUGAAUAUCAGCACCUGUCAUUCAUCUACCAUCACCUCCUUCCUUACCUCGGCCCAUACCCGACCGUCGAAAAUGGCUUUGCCUGGAAGACCGCCUACUCACCAGACGGAACACCCGCCGAAGUCAGCCUCAACUUCGACGGGCCGAAGAAGACAGUUCGUAUGGAUCACGUCCCAAUCAGCCAGUGGAGCGGCACACCGAAGGACCCUUUCUGUCAAAACGUCGCCCUGGAAUUGACCAAGUCCCUGGCUGACACACUCCCCGAUUUCACCUGGGACUGGUUCAACCACUUUGUCCAAACGAUGUUUAUCCCUGAACCGGCGACUGACGUGGUCCUCGCACGAGAGCCCCCAAACUUUCGCCGUAUGGCCAUGCAGAGCGUCAAUGGGUGCGAUUUGUUAACCACUGGCGUUCGGGUGAAGCCCGUAUUCAACGCACUUUGGAAAAGCAUCGAGACAGGGAUCCCUCAUGACAAACUGCUGUUUGACUCUAUUCGCAAUAAUACUGAACUCUUUGGUGCAUACCUCCCCGCCCUCCAGGUCAUAGAGGAUUACUGCCAGUCGGAUCGAGCGAAGGAGUUUCAAACAAGGGGCUGUUUCCUCAGUUUCGACGCCACGAGCAUAAAAGACGCACGACUGAAGGUCUAUCUGCAUGGGCCGCAGACAGCAUACAUGAAGGUCGAGGAUGCGUUCACUCUCGGUGGCCGCCUCAGUAACCCCAAUAUUCAGACCGGUGUGAAGGAGCUACGCAAGCUUUGGUAUGCCGUGCUCAAUCUGCCUUCGGACUUUCCCGAAUCCGAAGACUUGCCUGCGACCGACGACCUAUACCAGGGCUGGCUGGUUAACUAUGAGUUGAGGCCUAAUAACCCUGUCCCGGAGCCGAAAGUAUAUAUUCCAGUGGCGAUCAACAAUAAAGACCAGGAUAGCAUUGUCCAGGGGCUUCAGGAGUUCUUUGAUCGCCAUGAAUCUAUGGAUGUACGGGAUUACCGAGACAUCUUUAAGACGUUGUUGUAG